AAAUAGGACCAUCGCUUCGUCGGUAACAAUAUCUUCGUCGUUACCUGUCAAAAGAAGACCCUGCGCCCUCUAUCAUUUCCGUAGUCUUCGCCCGCACACGAUUCUUUCUCGUGUGGUUUCUCUUCCGGUUUGUCAAAAUGGGUAUCGAUAUUAAUCAUAAGCACGAUCGGAAAGUGCGACGAACGGAGCCCAAGUCGCAGGAUGUAUAUUUACGACUCCUCGUCAAGCUCUAUCGAUUCCUGGCGAGACGAACAAAUUCAAAGUUUAACAAGAUUAUCUUGAAGCGAUUGUUCAUGAGCAAAAUACACCGCCCACCGAUUUCACUGGCGCGAAUCGUGAGAUUUAUGAAGAAGCCUGGAAGGGAGAAUUGCGUCGCUGUGAUCGUCGGUACCGUCACUGAUGACGCCAGGAUCUUUGAAGUCCCGAAAUUAACGAUAUGCGCUCUACGCAUAACUGAGAAAGCUCGGGCACGAAUCCUAAAAGCUGGUGGAGAGAUCAUUACGUUUGAUCAGCUGGCGUUACGCGCCCCGACCGGUAAACAUACGGUCUUGAUGCAGGGACCGCGUAAGGCUCGCGAGAGUGUCAAACACUUCGGCCUGGCGCCUGGUGUACCACACUCGCAUACCAAACCUUAUGUGAGGUCUAAGGGACGCAAGUUCGAGCGGGCGAGAGGCCGUAGACGCAGCUGCGGUUAUAAGAAAUAAGAUCGAUGUAACGCUGGAUGGACUACUUGUCAGUUAUAAUCCUUUUUUUUUCCACGCAGUCAGGUGGCUGAAAAAUAAACAUUGACUCGACAACAA